AAAAAAAGAAUAACGCACCACUCUACACCCACAUACCCACCCAGCAAUCGAACAUUCCAACAACAUUCACCAAUAACCCAACAGCAGAAUGACUGCGGGACCUAAUGGAGCAGAUGCUCGAUCUGUGCCUGGUCAGGGCGAUGGUGGCCUAGCAAGAUCCGGUGGUACGAUCCGCCGUGGGGCCACGCUCAGCCGUGGCAAGACCCUCUCACGGCCCGAACGAUUCCAUAACCCGGAGACGAUGUUCAAAAAGCGUAAAGAGGACGAGCCAGCAUCAUGCUGGGUGAUCUGUUCAAGGAUCAUGACCUGCUGGGCCCUGCCACCGUUCCUGAGGAUGUGUGGUAUGCCCGAUAAGCAGGUCCAGCAGGCUUGGCGGGAGAAGGUGACAUUGUGCGUGAUCAUCAUGAUGAUCGGUGGCAUGGUCGCCUUCUUGACCGUCGGCUUCUCGUUCCUGCUCUGCCCCAGUUCGCAGAGACAGGGCGCAGCGACCUUUGUGCGGUACGGAGACGGACAAUCACAAGGGGCUGAGAGGCCUAACAAUCGAUUGCGCCUGCAUGCGCAUCUGUCGCGUGGGCAGUUUCGCAUCUGCAGGGACCCAUAACCUAACACAUCUUGCUCUUCUUGUGCCGCUCAUGUCCGUAGGCCUGUAUGGAAUCAAUGGAU